AUACUCUUUGGUAUAUGUUUUUUCUCCCUCUUUGUGUGUAGCAAGUUUUUUUUGAAAAGUAAAUUAAAAAAGCGAGGACAAUAAAGUGGGUUAAAAGAAGACGAUCGAUAGAACUGUUUAUAGGUGCUUAAUGUUAAAAGUUUUAGCGUGUAAAUAUGUCUGCAAAGCGAAAAGCUCUGAAUGUUGACAAUGAGGCCCAGAACAAACAGCAAAAAGUUGAUGAUAUUGAAGAGAAGACCGUUGAAAACGAGGAUGAUGGUGAAAAUUCAGUAGCAUCCUCUGCUAAAAAUGCUAACGGUAGCCAGGACGAGUUGACAGAGGCCGAAGAAAAUGCUAAUGAGGAAACGGUGGCCAAGUCGGACGACUGUGGCCUGAUGCUGAUCAGCGGAGGCACCAACUGGGACCUGAUCGGCCGCAAGGCCCCCCCGAAAGGGGUGAAGGGCGGCACGGGCAGGAACCUCUGGUCGCCGCACCGCCUGGGGUCGCUGAACGGGGUGCGCGUGCGACUGGUGGCCUCUGGCUGCACGAGCUCGCACAGCAUCGUCAUCACGGAGGCCGGCAAGGCCAUGAGCUUCGGUCGCAACGAGAAGGGCCAGCUGGGGCACGGAGACACCAAGCGACGCGACGUCCCGACCUUGAUCGAAGCUCUGAAGGAACACAACAUCAUGAGUGCUGCGUGUGGUCGGAACCACACCCUCAUUCUCACUGAUCGCGGCACGGUGUUUGCCUUCGGGGACAACAAGCAAGGUCAGUGCGGCGUGGGAAACCAGCAGCAGCAAAUACUGACUCCUACCCGGAUAAGUUAUGAAGGCCCGCCCAUCGUAAAAGUGAGUUGUGGUGGGGAGUUCAGCGUGAUUCUAGACUGCAAAGGCAGCCUGCACUCGUUUGGCUGUCCAGAAUACGGCCAAUUGGGCCACAACACUGAUGGCAAGUACUUUGUGACAAGCACGAAGCUUGGUUUCCAUUGUGAGACUACACCCAAGAAAGUGGUCAUGUUUGUCGAGAAGACCAAGGAUGGUCAUAAGACGCCCAUCGAAGUGGUUGAGAUAAUAGAAUUCUCGUGUGGGGCCAAUCACGUGGUUGCGGUGGACUCCAAGCGCAGAGUGUUCUCGUGGGGUUUCGGUGGCUAUGGCCGGCUGGGCCAUGCAGAGCAGAAGGAUGAGAUGGUCCCGCGGCUCAUAAAGUUCUUCGACAUGCAAGGGAAAGGUGUCAAGUCUGUUCACUGCGGGGCGUCUUUCAGCCUUGCUAUCAAUGAUUUUGGGGCGGUGUACCUGUUCGGGCAGACGAAGCGCACCGGGGAGGCCAACAUGUACCCCAAGCCGGUGCAGGACCUGGCCGGCUGGAACGUGCGCAGUGUCGGCUGUGGGGUCACGAGCAUCGUGAUCGCGGCGGACGACAGCGUGAUCGCCUGGGGGCCCAGCCCCACCUACGGGGAACUGGGUUUCGGGGAGAUACACAAGUCGUCGACGACGCCGAUGGAGGUGAAGGCCCUGGAAGGUGUCUACGUGAUGCAGGUGACCUUGGGGAUGGGGCACAGUUUGUUCGUCGUCCGGGACCACACGGAGCAAGAGUGCGAGCGGAUCAACAAGCUCCCGGAGUUCACGCCGUGAAGUCGACGGGAACCCUGGCCGGCUCCUGCACUGCCAAGACCGCUCACUUUUUUAAAAAACACAUUUUCUCGCUAUACUUUUAGUCUUCUUCCGAAGACUCAAGACUGAAUUUUUUCUGUUCCAUGUGAUGUUAAUCCGAGUAUUGAAUCUUUUUUUUUUUUGUUUAAGUGUUUGAAUUUCCUGUGGUGUAUGAGUGAGUGCGAGAAAGCAUGUGUAGUUUUUGCAAGGUAUUGUGGACAACUGUUUUGUAAGUUUAGAUGUGAUUUGAUCUCAUCUUUCUUUAGUGAUAACCCAGUCGAUUCUUUGUUGGUGUUGCACUGUGUUCUCAGGAUAAGUCCUCAUUGAAAAUUAAAAUUUUUUGUGUGUAUUGUGAACCAGUGUAAAAUGAAAGUUUUUUUAUUUUUAUUUUAGUUAAUACACAUAUCUGGUAGAAAUUAGGUAAGUAACCAUUUGCAUGAUUAUUUUGCUUCGACCAUACAAUUUACCAUUUUACCUCAUGAAUAGUUUAUGAUUGAUUAAUAAUUAGCAGUGGAAAUAAUAAUUGCUUUGUCAUUAUUAUCACAAUUAUGAUUAAUAAAAACAACUUAGUAAUGCCAUUUUAAAAAUAUAGGUAUUCCACAUGUAUCCCAGACACUGGUGAGCUAAAACUGUUUUAUGAAAAUUAAUAAUCAGAGUAUGGUGAAAUUUGAAAAUAUAGAUUGAAAAAUAGGGCUUGAAAUGUGUUCAAUUUUAUGUAAAAGCUACAGAGUAAAUUUAUUUUUAAAAUGUUUUAUUCAUUGGAAUUUUUACCCCUUUACCAUUGGCUGUUUUUAAAAACAUUUACCUUAAAGGUCUCUUAAGCCAAAAGGGCCUUUUGCAAGUUUAUUUUGAAGGAUUUCUGUCAUGGUGGUUGGCCUCAGGGCCAGUGUGAGAAUUCUAAGGGCCUGGGGUCAGAUAAUUUUGUCGAGCCCCCUCCCUAUUAUUUAAUGUAGGCCUACAACUUUUUUAAAUGCACAAUUAAAAAAAAAAUUUAAAAACCAGUAGAUCUUACCAUGGCCAUAACUGUAAAUGUGAUCUACGCAUAUUGCAUAACUUGUAAGGUUUCUUAUGAAUUGUAUUAGCAAUCUUGGAAAUUCAACCGGGCCUUGGCGGUUUGCCCCCUCCCUCUCAACGUCCUAGUUGGCCUUCCGAGUAUGUAGUAGUGAGGAUUCUUGCUCAGCUGCUGAUGCGGCCUUUGGCAAAGGGGUGUUUUGAGGGGUAAUAAUAAUAAUUAUCUGUAAAGACUCGAAAAAGGACCACUGAAAAUUAAUAUUUUAUUAUUUAGUUGGUUGAUAAAGAGGAUUUUGGCUUUCAAAGGAAAUGGUAUGUUUAUUCGUGGCUGUAUACUUGUGUGCCCUUGGCAUUAAAAUAGUUACCUUUUGAUUAAAGCUGCAUGUUCAUUACUUGGACACAUCCGUAGAGAAAUAUGUUCUGAAGUUUGUGCUGGGUGUUCCACAAUACAUUCCACUGCCCUGCAUGAGAUUGCCUGCCUGUAUCGACUGGGUUAUCUGGCAGGCUCACGGGGAAGGGACAGACGUCUCUGGUCUAAUGCAAACGUAGUUGUUUUUUACUGUGCUGAUAGCCAACAUUGGAUGAACAGGGAGCUAAGUACUUUGUGUGGAUUUUGCAUAUGUAUAUACUGUAAUUGGAAAUGUCCACAUCAUUAUUUUUAGUAUGUUUUAAAAAAAAUUUUAUACGUUUUUUGUAAGGAAAUAAGUUAUGGACGGUUUAUUUAUGUUAUGUUGUAUUCUUGCCAUUUUCUUGGUUUUAAUGUCUCAUGAGUUGGUAACUACAUACGUUAAAUUUUCUUUAUUUUAUUAUAAAAUAUUAUUUCAGUCUCUUUAAACUGUGCCUAUGAUUUCAGGCAAAAAUACUUUACUAUUUUUUUUAUUUAAAUAUUUUUACAUUCUUAUUUUCUAUAUCUUUUACUGUGUGUUCAUAGUUUCAUACAUUUGAAAUUUUUAAACAACUUUUUUUCCCUUGCGCCCACUCCAAGAAAAAUUGAAAACUGUGUAAUAUUUUCUGAAGUUUAUUGUCUCAUAUAAAUUAACUAGCAGGCAUUUAAAACCUCUUGGACUGCAUAGGUGUUGAGUGAUUUUGGAAGCUACCUAUUUCUUUGUAGUUAGUGAGAAUUUUUAUUUAUAAGUACAAAUACAAGUGUUUCCAUUUUUUAUGUUUUUGUACUUCAAAUGUGUUACUUUGUUUUUGUGUAGUUUGUAGUGUAGCUUAUUGUGAUGGUUGUGUUUUUGGGAAUUUUUUUUAGAUUUAGUUUUAAAUUUAACAGAUGGUAAAUAUCUGCACCUAAGAGUUAGUGUGUAUGUUCUGUCGAAUCAAGUUACCCUGACUCAGGACAGCUGUCAGAUAGGGGGAAAAAACUGUUUUAGUACAAUUCAUGCACCAAAGUUAGUUUUUUUGUGUACUGUGAUUGUUUUGAAAUCUUCAUUUUAUAAAUUUUUGAGAUUUUUUUUAUGCAUUGAAACUAUAUAAGAAAUAACCAAGGAUAAGUAAUGUAAACAACACAAAGAAAGGGGAAGUACUUUGUACUCAAUGCCAACUGAAGUAUUGAAGUGUCAUAAAUGUACAUUAGAUCCAGGUAGCAAAAACAUGUGUACGAAAAAAAAACUCUUGUAAAAACUUAGUACGUUAUUAAAUUUUUUUGAUAGUAUGGUGGGUUUGCAUGUGAAAUGCUGUUGUGUGUUUUUAUAUUGAUCUUUGUGUAUACUGGCAUUUUUGUUUUGCUUUGAAAAAAUAUUUGUAUUCUGGCAAAUCUGUAGAAAUUAUUUUGUGUGAUACGUAACUUUAUACAAAGAUUUUGGACUAAUUGAAAUUAAUGUACUUUUUAAACUAAAAAAUAUAUACAUAUUGAAGAAAAAAAAUACAUUGUUGUAAGUGCAUCUUAUAUGUUCAUAUUUCAUAAAAUGAGUUAUGAAAUAUGUAUCCAAAUAUAGGGAGUAACUUCAGUUACAUAAAGCCAGCAAACAACCAACUAGUGACAACAGAUUUGGAACUUUGUAAGUGCUGAAGACAUUACAGGUGGUACAAAACCCAGUGUUUGAGGCUUUAAUUACCUGAUUUCUAUAAUUUUUUAGUUAUCUUUAUGAAUAAUGUUUCUGUUGUCUGAAAACUAUUAAAGAUAUUAGACUUAUACUUUGAUGUUUAGUAAAACAGGGUAUUCACAUUCAUCAGCCUAAUUUUCCUUAUUUGUCAUUUAAUUGAACUAAGGUUCCUAAUGUCUCUGCACUUCAAUAAUGCCAAUCUAAUUAUUAAAAGGUCUAGAACAAGAGUUUCCAACUCUUAAGGGUUCGAGAACUACAUUGGGAAAUUAGACAUGAUUUAGGGCCUCAAUUUAUAACAGGCCAAUUUUCGUAUAAUUAUGCAAAUAGAACAGAGCUACCAGUAUGAAAUACUAUACAUCAUUUAGUCAAAAUAAAGAUUUAAUCAUUUCAAUUGUUUAAAACACUCUUUUACUAUUGCAUGAAAGACUGAAGUUAAAAUAAAUAAAAUCUAUCAUUAACAGUACAAUUGCAGGGAUUCACAUAAUAGAGGAUUAAGGGAAGUUGAAAUUGCUAAGGGAAUUUUCUUCAAAACCUGGAAAAGUCUUGGAAAUUCUUCAGUGAUAGUAAUUUGAGGUGUAAUGUCAUGCUCCAGUAAGCCAUCAACCAGAAUUUGAACACUUUUUUUUUCCAGAAGGUGUUUUAGUGCAUGGUAUGUGAGAGGCUGGAUUGUCUUAAUAUUUUUCUAGAUCUGUGUUGACACCCUGAAUUGAAUUUUGAAGAGGAGUGAACGGGGAUGGAAACUGGGACAAGUAAUGCUAUCCCGUUCACUCUACCCAAUCUCAUCGCCCCUUUCAGGAAUAACAUACCACCGCCAGCCUGUUUGGCAAAGUUGCGACACGUACAAUUUGUAAGAGAUGUAAAUUUCAUGUGAUGCUCCUUUGUUAUGAGAUGAUUUCUAUUUGGACUGUUUUACAUACUUAUAAAUGUUGUGUUAGGCAAAAUGUAAGCAAUGUACGGGCAUUAGUAACAAGCUGAAGUUAUUCCAAGAACUGGCACCGAAAAAAGGUUUUACCGUAUGUAUUUAAGUUUUGAUGUAUUCAAUCAUGUUUUCAAGGGCUUUUGUUGCUUAGUAUCUUAAAAUAAAUUAGCUUAUUUUCAGUCAUAUUAGAAAUAAACAAAAUCUUAGUUCACCACCAAGCUGCUAUGCAUAUUUUGCAUAUGCAUUCUACAACUUGGAUGCUGCUAAAUCUCUAAGCCAUGCACGAAGGUUAAAAAUGUAGCAUACUUUCUCCUUUUAAGUACAUGUAGUGUGCUACAGUUUUUCACAUGCAAGUUCUAUGUUGGCUUACUACAUUCUAUGUUAUGUUGGGAUAUUUUUACUUGUUCACAUUCUCUGCACACCAUUUGAACAUUAGAUUUUGAAUGAGUGAAUGUGUGUUAUAUGCAAAUCACACUUAUGCUAAUGAAAUGUUAAAAAAAGAUGUUCAGAUUGUUUAUUUCUAGGUCUAAUUUAUUUUCUUUCCAGAUUUGCAUUUUAAAAUAUUUACAACAUUAAAAUUUAGAUGUUACUCUCUUUGUUAAAGAUUAGAGAUGGGUUGACUUUGAUGUCCAUUUAUGUCGUAGAUUUUUAAAAAUUAUCUUCUGCUCUUACUUUACUUGUGGUACAUUUCUAAGAUUAUUUCUAUUGCAGUCAAAAAAAUGUGAGUAUGAGAGAGUGGUUAUUACCAAAUGUUUUGGUCUGCAAAUUGUGACAUCAACUGCAGUAUUAAUAGUAUUCACACUAUACUGGUUUACUAAAAUAGUUGUACUUUUUGUGGAAAGUUUUGCAAACAGUGUGAUGAAUUGUCUUUGUAGUUGCUUUGAAUAAAUUGCAUUUUUGUAAGCAUUUUUUGGUAAA